UGGGACAUGGUAGAUAUUACCAGCUGAAACAGAAUGGAAGCACAGCUUCGAGCCCUUAAUUCCGGUAAGGGACAGGACUACGUCUACUAGGAAACUAUCUGUCACGAAGAUAGCAUACAUUCCCGCGGACCCUAAAGUUCUUCUUGCAGGCACAUUGCUGAACUAUGGCCUGGUAGCUCCCUGCAGCAGAUCAUGGGCCUUUGGACACAGCUCUUUCUCCUGCUCUGGAAGAACAUCACAUAUCGCAGGAGGAACAAGAUCCAGCUGAUUAUUGAGCUGCUGUGGCCUCUGUUCCUGUUUGUCAUCCUCAUCUGUGUGCGCCAAUCUCACCCUCCAUACAAGCAGAAUCAAUGUCAUUUCCCCAAUAAGGCCCUUCCCUCUGCUGGCACGCUGCCCUGGGUUCAGGGAAUCAUAUGCAAUGUCAAUAACCCCUGCUUCCACCAGCCCACCCCUGGGGAGACCCCAGGGCAGGUGGGAAACUUUGAUAACUCCAUCCUCUCUCGUCUCUUUGUGGAUGCCAGAGCCGUUCUCUCGUACAGUGGCAACCAGUCCGUUCUCUCAGGAUUCCAAGAUGUCCUGCUGGCAGCUCAGAACCUUGGAGAGAGCCCAGGUGCCUGGCCAAAUCUAUCUGUUGGAGAGUACCUGCGAGCUAACGAGACCUUCUCUAGCUUCCUUCUGGCCAAUGGCAGCCUGCCAUCCUCAGCUGUGGACCAGCUGAUGAGGGCACAACUCAACCUUCAGGUGGUGUCCUUAGCCGGGGCUGGGCUGCAACUUAAGGACAUAGUGUGCAAUGCCACCCUGCUCGGCCAGUAUCUGGCAGUAGGCCGGGGCGAGUCCCUGUUGGAGCUGCAGAGCCACUUAUGCGCCCUGCCCACUGACACCCUACAGGCUGCGGAGCAGCUCUUCCUCUCCCAGCUGGACUACAGCAAGAUCUUCACGAGGGAAAGGCUAUUGUCCAACGCUGCCAGGCUACAGACCCUCAGUAAGGCAGUGGGAUCUGUGACACAGGAAGUGGCACUCAUCAUGGACAAUUUGUCGUCUCUGUCCAGCUUCUCUGAGUUGAACAGAGAGCUGCGAAUGCUCUCACCAGAGAACAGAACAGCAGUGCCCCGUGAAAGCUUCAGAGCCUUCUCGCGAAUCGUGUGUGGACACCCAGAGGGGGGUGUGGAGUGGAUCCCCUCGCUCAACUGGUACGAGGACAAUGACAUCAAGUCCUUCCUAGGCAAGAAUGGCACAGAGAAGGUGAACAUGGAAAAUGACAACACCACAACUCCAUACUGCAAAAACCUCAUUCAGAGCCUGGAGUCAAACCCACUGUCCCGCGUCGUGUGGCAUGGGAUCAAACCACUGUUCAUCGGCAAACUACUGUAUGCCCCAGACACUCCAGUGACACGCAACAUCAUGAAGGAGGUGAACAGAACCUUCCAGGACUUGAAGAUUCUAGAAGACCUGCAGGGGGCAUGGGAGGAAGUGGGCCCCCGAAUCAAGACCUUCAUGGAGAGCAGUGCUGAAAUUCAGCUGCUGCAGGAUCUGCUGAGACGGCCUGAAGUGGCGGUCCUUGUAAACCUCCGCUUGGAGAAAACUUCCUGGACAGCCUCCCGCAUUGCCCACUUCCUGUCCACACCUUCACCAGAUGCCCCGCAGAGAGACAGGGUGCAGUACACCUGGCUGGACGUGUUCCAGGAAGUGAACAGCACCAUAAACACCCUCUCUCAAGUUACCCAGUGCUUCUCCCUGAACAAGCUGGAGGGUGCUGCCUCAGAGGGCGAGAUGAUUGAACGGGCCCUGGAGCUGCUGGAAGACAGACAGUUUUGGGCGGGCGUGGUCUUCCUCCUGCCAGAUCCUUCAUCGCCCACCCUGACCCCCCAUGUGUCUUACAAAAUCAGAAUGGACAUUGAUGAUGUUACCCGCACUAAUAAGAUCAAAGACAGAUUCUGGGAUCCAGGACCAGCAGCGGAUCCAUUCAACGACAUGCGCUAUAUUUGGGGAGGCUUUGUGUACGUGCAGGACCUGGUGGAGCGGGGUCUGGCUCGUGUUCUGAGUGGCAAGCAGCAACACGUUGGCAUCUACCUGCAGCAGAUGCCUUACCCCUGCUAUGUGGAUGACGUCUUCUUGCGUGUACUGAACCGCUCCCUACCGCUCUUCAUGACUCUGGCCUGGAUCUACUCGGUGGCCAUGAUCAUCAAGGGUGUGGUCUACGAGAAGGAGGCGCGGCUGAAGGAGACCAUGAGGAUUAUGGGGCUCGGCACCACUACACUGUGGGUCAGCUGGUUCAUCAGCAGCUUCGUCCCCUUCCUGAUCAGUGCAGGUCUCCUCAUUUCCUUGCUCAAGUGGGGAGACAUCCUACCCUACAGUAAUCCUGCGGUGGUCUUCUUCUUCCUGGCCGCCUUUGCCACGGCCACCAUCAUGCAGUGCUUCCUAAUAAGCACCUUCUUCUCCCGAGCCAACCUGGCAGCAGCCUGCGGGGGCCUAAUAUAUUUCUCUCUCUACCUGCCCUAUGUGCUCUGUGUGGCCUGGAGGGACCGCCUCACUGUGGAGCUCAAGGUUUUUGCUAGUCUGCUGUCCCCCGUAGCCUUUGGUUUCGGUUGCGAGUAUUUUUCCCUGUACGAGGAGCAGGGAGUGGGCAUCCAGUGGUUCAACCUAGUUUCCAGCCCCAUGGAGGGAGACUCCUACAACUUCAGAACCUCCAUCAUGCUCUUGUUUGUUGAUGCUGUCAUAUAUGGAGUGGCCACAUGGUACAUUGAAGCCGUGUUCCCAGGAGAGUUUGGGAUUCCCAGACCCUGGUAUUUCAUCUUCCAAUUGAAUUACUGGGGUGGAGUACCCCUAGAACUGGGGCUCCCAAUCCCCCCUGCACCCCAAGAUUCAGAGGUGUGUCUGGAAGAAGAGCCCACUCACCUCCCAGUGGGAGUAGCCAUCCGGGACCUGGUCAAAAUUUACAAAAAAGGUGCCAAGCUGGCUGUGAACCACCUCAGCCUAAAGUUCUACGACGGCCAGAUCACCUCCUUCCUGGGGCACAAUGGUGCUGGAAAGACUACCACCAUGUCCAUUCUGACUGGUCUGUUUCCACCCACUGCUGGUACAAUAUAUGUCAAGGGUAUGGACAUUCGCACUAACAUGGACACCAUACGCAAGACCCUGGGCGUGUGUCCCCAACAUAAUGUUCUCUUUGACAUCCUGACAGUGGAGGAGCAUGUGUGGUUCUAUGGCCGUCUGAAGGGCCUGUCUAACAGUGAAGUGAAGAAUGAGAUGGACAAGCUUUUGACGGACGUGGGACUGCUGCAGAAGCGGUGUGAGCAGACCAGGAACCUCUCUGGGGGCAUGCAAAGGAAGCUGUCUGUUGCUAUUGCCUUUGUGGGAGGCUCCAAGGUGGUGGUCCUGGAUGAGCCCACUGCUGGCGUGGACCCCUACUCCCGUCGAGGCAUCUGGGACCUGCUGCUCAAAUAUCGCAAAGAUCGCACCAUCAUCCUGUCCACUCACUAUAUGGAUGAGGCAGAUCUCCUUGGUGACCGGAUUGCCAUCAUCUCCCAGGGCAAACUGUGCUGCUGCGGCUCUCCACUCUUCCUGAAGGCUCGCCUGGGCACUGGUUAUUACCUGACUGCGGUAAAGAGAGAUGUGGUGAAUGGGCCAUCCCACAGUGCCAGUGCUGGCAGGGUCUCACUCCCUGCUACCACAAAGGACAGUGACUCAUCCAAGAGUGAUGACACAGGGCUUGGUAGUGAGGACAGUGGCUCAGAUGUGGCUGCGCUGUUGGCACUGGCACGGCGUCACAUACCUGAAGCGCAGCUGGUGGAGGAUGUGGGCAGGGAGGCGGUGAUCAACUUCCCACACUCAGCUGCCGAGGACGGCAGGCUGGCCUGCUUUCUGGCCGAGCUGGAUAAGCGGUUGGGGGAGUUUGGCGUCACCAGCUACGGCCUCUCAGACACAACUCUGGAGGAGAUUUUUCUGAAAGUGGCUGAGGAGACAGGGGUGGACGCCGACCCUGAGGAAACGCGCAGUAAUCCUCCCGUGCCUGUGGGUCAGCAGAGGGACCCAGCCGAGGAGCCGGAGACAGGAAGGAAACGGCUGCGAAUGCAAGAGCCCCUAGAGACGGAUCUUCUGAGUGGGGACGGGCGGGGCGGAGUGCCCCGUACAGGGUGGGGCCUGACCCUGCAGCAGCUCCGGGCGCUCUUCAUUAAGAGGUGGCUCUACGCCCUCCGCAGCCGACGGGGGUUCUUUGCUCAGAUUGUCCUGCCAGCUGUGUUUGUGUUGAUCGCCCUGUUGUUCAGUCUGAUUGUCCCACCUUUCGGGAAGUAUCCUGCCCUGGUGCUCCAGCCUUGGAUGUAUGGAGAACAGUAUACCUUCAUCAGCAAUGAUGCCCCCGGUGACCCAGAAAUCCAAAAUUUACUUGAUGCUCUGUUGGACCCGCCCGGGUUUGGGACUAAGUGUAUGGAAAUCAGUGGCAGGGAGCCCCAGUGCGCGGAGGGGGAAGCCAUGUUCCACAGGCCGCACGUCUCCUUCGCCACGUGGAAGCUGCUCAGCCAGGGGAACUGGAGCGCGGGCCAGCCGUCACCUGACUGCCAGUGCAGCUCCGACGACGUCCGCAGGAUGCUGCCCGACUGCCCAGAGGGAGCAGGGGGCAUUCCACCACUGCAGAUUAAGAGACUUACUGGGGACAUCCUGCAGAACCUGACCAGCCGCAAUGUUUCUGAUUAUUUGGUCAAGACCUAUCCCCAGAUCCUGAGUAAGAGCCUGAAGACUAAGAAGUGGGUAAACGAAAUGAGAUAUGGUGGGUUCUCUCUAGGUGGCAGCAGUGCCCAGCAGGUGCCAGAACCCCAUCAGUUGCAGGAAUCUGUCCUAGCAAUAAGGACCAGGUUCAGUGUGGCACAGAACAGCUCACUGGACAAACUCCUGCACAGGUUACCUGAGAUUCUUGGCAGGCAGCACAGCAAACAGAAUGUCAAAGUGUGGUUUAACAAUAAAGGCUGGCAUGCCGUCACGUCUUUUAUCAAUGUGAUGAACAACGGGCUCCUUCGUGCCAGCCUACCGGCAGGGCCAGAGAGAAGCAGACAUGGGAUAACUGCCCAAAACCACCCACUCAACCUCACCAAGGAGCAGCUCACAGAAAUGGCAAUGAUGACUACCUCAGUGGACGUUCUGGUGUCCAUCUGCGUGAUAUUCGCUAUGUCCUUCGUGCCUGCAAGCUUUGUGCUCUUCCUCAUUGAGGAGAGGGUCAGCAAAGCCAAACACCUGCAGUUUGUCAGCGGUGUCAGGCCCCUCCUCUACUGGCUGGCUAACUUCACUUGGGAUAUGCUGAACUACACAGUGCCAGCUACAAUGGUGGUCCUCAUAUUCAUCGCCUUCCAGCAGCAGUCAUACGUGUCUGAAACAAACUUGCCGGCUCUAGUCCUGUUACUUCUGCUCUAUGGCUGGUCCAUCACACCGCUCAUGUACCCAGCUUCCUUCCUGUUCAGUGUGCCCAGUACCGCCUACGUGGUCCUCACGUCCAUCAACCUCUUCAUCGGAAUCAAUGGCAGCAUAGCCACUUUUGUCCUGGAGCUGUUUGUAGAUCAGCACCUGAAUGAUGUAAAUAAGAUCCUGAAGAAGGUCUUUCUGAUCUUCCCGCAUUUCUGUCUGGGUCGUGGGCUCAUUGACAUGGCAAAGAAUCAGGCAAUGGCAGAUGCUUUCCAGCGCCUAGGCACCAAACAGACCCUGGAUCCUCUCUCCUGGGACUUUGUAGGGAAGAACCUGUUUGCCAUGGCAGUAGAGGGUGUGGUGUUCUUCCUCUUCACUGUGCUACUUCAGUACAACUUUUUCUGCAGUUGCAGGUCCUGGUCUGACCCUGAUCUGCCCCCUUUGGGCCCGGAGGACCAGGAUGUAGCCAAGGAGAGAGAGAGAGUGAACAGCGGGAGAGCACAGAUGGACAUACUGAUAGUGAAGGAAUUAAGCAAGGUGUACAAGGCAGGCAGGAAACCUGCAGUGGAUCGUCUCUGUUUGGGGAUUCCUCGUGGGGAGUGCUUUGGGCUCCUGGGGGUCAACGGUGCUGGGAAGACCUCCACGUUCCGCAUGCUGACAGGAGACACCUCUAUCACCUGUGGAGAAGCUUUCCUUAGUGGCCACAGUGUCCUGACUGAAAUGGAGAGGGUUCACCAGCUCAUGGGCUACUGCCCACAGUUUGACGGCAUUAAUGACCUCCUGACUGGCCGGGAACAUUUGGAGUUCUAUGCAAGAUUGAGAGGAGUCCCAGAGGAGGCCGUGGCAAAGGUAGCACAGUGGGGAGUGAAGAAGCUUGGCCUGACCCAGUACUCUGAGCGAGAAGCAGGUGGCUACAGCGGGGGCAACAAGCGCAAACUCUCCACUGCCAUUUCCCUCAUCGGGGCUCCCCCCGUCAUAUUCCUGGAUGAACCCACCACAGGGAUGGACCCCAAGGCCAAACGCUUCCUCUGGAACUGCAUCCUGAGCGUCAUCAAGGAAGGAAGAGCUGUCAUUCUCACAUCGCACAGCAUGGAGGAAUGUGAAGCUCUCUGUACCCGAAUGGCCAUCAUGGUGAACGGGAGGUUCCGGUGCCUGGGUUCAGUACAGCACCUUAAGAACAGAUUUGGAGAUGGCUACACCAUCAUCCUGCGUUUGUCUGAGCCGUCCGAGGAGCCCUGUCCUGUGGACUCCUACAUCAGGACCUCCUUCCCCGGUAUCGAACUGAAGGAACGGCACCACAACGUGCUCCAGUACCAGCUGCCCACUCACGCUUGCUCUCUGGCCCACAUCUUUGAUGUGCUGUCCAGCAACAGCGAGGAGCUGGGUAUCACAGACUACUCUGUCUCCCAGACCACCCUGGACCAGGUGUUUGUCAACUUUGCCAAGGACCAGAGUGACGACGACCAGCUCAGGGAGGUGUAUGUAAAUGCAGCGGUGGAGCCAGUUCAGCCCAUUCAAAAGAGACAGACGGAGGUCAGACCAAAGGAAGCUACGCCAGCUACACCAAACGGGACGAUGCAGGGCCCCUCUGCCUUUUCGAAGCCAAAGUCACAGCAGAAGCAACAUAAGCCCAAGAAAGGGUCUGUGGCCAGUAGAGCACAGCGCACAGAGGAGACUUCUGGGAGCAAAGACCCUCUGACACUGUUCUUGGUGGACAGUAGCACACAGGAGACCAAGGUGUGAAUCAGAUGGGACACAGAUGUGAUAGAGUCACGGUAUGCCAGAUGCAGCACUAAGAAUGUCUCAGAUGCCCUAAAAUGUCUUUGCUGUGUCUAGGUGAGGGAAACUGCUACCAGCUCGCUCAGCUGAUUAUGUCUGAGUUUGGUGCCUUGUUAGUACUGUAACAUAGCUGUACUUCUGUUCAUACUGCAAUACCUUUAUCUGCAAACCUCGGCUGCUAAUUAGGUAUCAUAUGUCAGGUGUGUUGCAAUUUAUUUUAUAUGCUUUCUACAUUUCCAGUUCAAAAGAAUCUUCAGUAUGAUUCUUAUGAAUAUUGAAUGAAGGCAUCACAUCAAUUAACACAGGGUACCAGGUGUUUCACACAACACACAGUUCUUCACUGCAACAUAUGCCCAGUGAGCAUUUGUGUGAGCCAUAGCACUCUGAAUGGGAAUACUGGUCAUGGUUAUAUUGUUGUAUACUAGUCGAUCUGGAUGAAAGUCUACAAAAAUAACUGAACCAACUGCUGCUUUUGAUAUAUGAUUCAUAUUUUGCACUGAGAGUAUUUAUUUUAAGUCAAUAUGUGUUUGUGCAGAUCCAGUGUUUUACUUAUUGGUUUUAAUGGAAUUGUAUUUGUUCUUCACAAAAAGUGGUAAAUGGUAAAUGGACUGCAUUUAUAAAGUGGUUACACUUCUGACCUUUACACAGCAAAAGGUAGACGCACAAUUCAUAUGUACAAGACUCCAAACAUUCCCUUUAUUAGGUCAGCUGUUACUUACAAUCAUGACUUUUAUGAUUUUAUUAUAUGUCUUAUUACUUUUUCCAAUUUUAACAACCAUCUCUUGCAUUCUAUUGCACUUGAGAAGACACACCUGUGAAUCAAACAAAGAUGUAAUGUACUCAAGAAUGCACCAAUACAUCAAUUUAACUGGUACUGUGCAGCAUGUAUAUCAGUCUGUGGUGAUUAAAACAAAGACUGAUAUUUAUACCCAAUAUAUUGUAUCAAACGUCAAUGUAUUUAUUAUAUUUAUUAUAUUUUAAAAUUUCUGUACUAGAAUAUGGAUGUACUUAUCUACAUGUCUGUAAAUAAUGGUGUAUAUAUGCAGAAAUAUGAGAAUAAAAUAAAUGGGUAAUAAAA